AUGACCUUCUGCUCAGGCCGCCCCGCCGAGCCAGCGCUGCUAGCAGCAGGUGGCAGCGCCUCUCGCCACCCUCCUCAAGCUCUCAGCCCGACCCCGCAGAGGCCCUCGGUACCCGAGCUACCGCAGCUUCAACGCCAUCUCCGGGCCCGUCGCCCGCAGUCCAGGCCCCCCGUGGGGCCCGCAACCUGCCGGGCUAGGAAGCUGGACGCUGCGGACGACCCGCUGCAGCAGGUGCUUGCCCGCCGCCCGCAGCUAGGAGCAGCUGGCAGCAGACCCCGCCCCCGCCACGCCCCGCGCUCCAUAGACACGCCCCCAUCAGCCCUCCACAGCUCCACCCUGGAGCCUCAGACACCCAACUCCAAACCCCCGCUCGCAGGGCCUCAGGAGUACGGCCACGCCCCGUACCCCACAGGCACGCCCCCCCAGGUCACGAGCCACGCCCUCCGCUCUUCCGUACCCCCACAGUACACCCGAACUAGCCCUACUCCGGGGACGGCCUACUGCCACACCCCCACGCUCCCUAGCCACACCCCCACGCUCCCUAGCCACGCCCCCACCAGUCCACCAUCGCUCUUCCGCCCGGCCUCCCGUCCCCCUCCCGCCGCGCCUCCGCGGAGCUUUGAGAUCGACGCUCACUGUCGCCGCUCCUCCGGCCUGCCCGAGCGUCAGCCCUGGGCUUCGCGAGUUCUGUCCCCGACCUUUUUCGGCCCCCAGGCCCAAUCGGAGAUGCGAGGGAAGCCCUGA